GCUAGAGUAAAUCAAGGGCAAAACGGUCAUUUAUAUGGUUGCGGUUGCGGGAGGGGAAGAAGACGCGGUCAAGGAGUGUGAAGAGGACUGAUCUCGUCUUCCUCCUGCCGCCGCCAUGGAUGGAUGAGGAGCUUGCGAUUGCUCGCCGACGAGAAGCCCAGACCCCCUCCUCGCCCGCGCCACGCCGUCGGAUCCCCCGUCCCGCGAGCUCCCCGUCGAUCCCAGCCUCGUCCACCUGCAUUUGAUCCGAUCUGCUCCGCUCUCCGCUCACGGAAGCGAGGGGGGAACGGAUAAGCCAUCCGUCGUCUGCGUCUCCAUGGCCGACGGCGGUCCGGAGGCGGCGCCGCCGCUGGAGUUCCCCUCCGCGGGGUGGCGGGGCCUGUACGACCGGCUCCAGGGGCUGCUGCCGCGGGUCGAGGCGCUCGCCGCCGACCGCGCGCGCCUGGAGGAGGCCGUCAGGCUGUCGGACGCCCGCGAGAAGAGCCUCCAUGCCCGCCUCCUCCAGGCGGAUGCGAGCAGGGAGAGGUGGAAGGCGGCCUACGCCGAGCUUCCUCCCGGUACUAAUCCCAAGCUCGCUGAACUUCAAGAGCGCGACCUGGUGGAUUCCCAAUCCGGCAAAGAAGCACUUCCUGACGCUGAUAACUCUCAACUGAAGGAGACUAGUCAAAAGCGAAGGAAGCUUAUCAAUGACAAGACUAACAAAAAAAAGCGCACAAAGCUCACCAAUGAGGAGACUGGUCAAAAUAAGCGCACGAAGCUUACCAAUGAGAUGCAUCUUGAACGUUGCACGAUGCAGAUCUUUGUCAAGAUCAACUGUUCAAUUUUUCGCAAAAAAAGAAAGACCCACUGUUUAAAGACCAUCACUCUUGAGGUGAUGGGAUCAAAUACUAUCUAUGAUGUCAAGGAUAAGAUUCAAGAGAAGGAGGGCAUCCCCGCAGGCGAGCAGAGACUCAUGUUUGGCAGUGAGUUGCUGGUGGACAGCUGCAGCCUAGAGGACUACAGCAUCGAGGAGGAGUCGACCCUCACCCUUGAUCUUGUCCCCAGAGGGAUGCAUAUCUUUAUCAGGACACGGAGUGGCAAGACCAUGACUAUUGGUGUUGAGGGAGAAGAUAGCCUAUACAGUGUCAAGGCAAAGUUUUUCGAUGAAACCGGCAUUCCCCCAAGCAGACAGCGUCUCUUCUUUGCUGGGAAGCAGCUGGAGGAUGGCCGUACCUUGGCUGACUACGACGUGCAAAAUGAAUCUACCCUUCAUGUUGUGCUUCGCGGCAUCACGCGUCAGAGCGGUGAGAUGCGCAUCUCUGUCAAGACGGUGACUGGGAAGAAAGUCAUUGAACAUGCAAUGAAGCGCAGACAGGCCAUUGACAACAUCAAAGCAUGGAUCUACUCCGAGUUGUGCAUUCUCCCGGAGGAGCAGCAGCUCUCUGGCGAGGACGGCGCCCCCCUGGCGGAAGUGAUCCGUAGUUCAUGCACUGUUGUUCUGCAGAUCCGUCCUCCUGGUGGUUGGUGAGAUGGAUGUGAAUUGGUCCUUUGCUUUUGGUGGUACUAGUAGUGAGAGCUCAGUUAGACUCGGUUGCGAUUGCACCUAUUUUAGUACAACAAUAUGCAGGGUGUAAAAUGUGUGAAGUGUUGUAGUUUCUGGGCUCGUAAUAACAGACCUGUGUACGUACUUAUGUACCUGGGGUUUCUCUGAAGGAAUGAUAAUUUCAGUGUGACACUUAUGGUGUCGUUAGCCUGACAA